AUGUGCUCUCCAGCAUGCGCCAGCCGCACCGACCUCGUGCUCCCCUUGGAAUUUGUUGUGUUUGGGAAACAAUUGCUGUCAGAGGGUGAUCAGAAUGGCAUCGACUUUUGUCUCAACGCGGCGCCUGCAACCCCCGUCGGCAAGUGCUUCUACCGGCACCUCACGCACUUGCUUGUCAACGAAUCGAAAGCAGCCAUCAUGUCGGGCCGGGAUAGGGACGAGGUCAACCAAGACAGUUGGUCGACCAUCGCAAACGAGUUUCUAGACCGUGGCGUGAAGAAUGUGGUCAUCACGCUGGCCGCCAAGGGCGCGUUCUACGCCAAUGCCGAUGGCAGCGCUCACUGCUCUGCGUAUGGCGUUGUCGUCAAGGACACCACCGGAGCAGGGGAUACCUUUACCGGGGCUUGUUCCUCAGACUACCUACGCCAAAAGGCCAAAGGGACUUGGGACAUCAGAAGCGCCGUCGUUCGUGCAAACAAAGUUGCGGCAAUGACCAUCAUGAAUAUCGGAGCGCAGGAUGGCAUCCCGUGGUCGGACGAGAUAGAUAGAUUUGAUGCUCCUCACAGUGAGGCUUCUAUCUGA